AUGGGUGCAAGUCGCGCACCGCCUGGGCACGAAGGUCUAGGGCUGGAGCUGGAGCUAUCGAAGAAGCUGGGCUGGGCUGGGAGCGAGCUCUCGAGGAAAGGGGAGCGACGUGGAGGGGGCAGGGAAAGGGGGGGUACAAAAAAGAGGCGAGCGGCGACCAGGACGGACGGGCAAAUCAUCAGCAGCGCAGCAGCCUCUGCCGUCGCCUCCCUCGCCAUUCACGGCGGCCAUCACACCCGUCACAUCACUCGACGCACGCCGUGCGCUCUGCCGAGAAUCGAUGGACAGCACAGAUCCUCUCCUCAGCAGGCACCGACCGGCCCCUGGGCUGGGAGGGGGGGCGGGAAGGAGGUGCUGUCACUGGGCGAGGUGGCCAAGUGGUGCGUGGGGCGAGCGAUGGGGGUUGCAGCCGCCGGGUGGAGGAGUUGGGAGGAUCAGCACACCCACGCACCGAGCCAAGAAGCAAACUGGUACCUAGGGGGUGUGGGGAAACGCCCGUGUCGUGGUGUGCGCCGUGUGGGGCGGCGCUGGGUGUUCGUUCGCUCGGGCGACUCACACUUUUGUGCACGUCGCGCUGUCGAGACAGCCCCUCCCGGGGCCGGGAAGGAACGACUGGCUGGGGCCAGGGCUCGAGCAAAGGGCCAGAAGCAAGGGUGGGCAGUGGGCAGCGGGGCAGCGGGCAGCCACCACAACCGAAGUUGCAGCACCAGCGCCCAACUCUCGACUCAACCAUCCACGCCGCCACGGUCUGGAGAUGCCGGAUCGGAGAUGCCACCAAGAACACCACAUGGAUGGAGGGGCGUACGUCUCACGUCUAACGAAUGGGCCGCCAGCUCGGCCGGCCUCCUGUCCAGUCCCGGCUGCCCCGUCUCACCCGCCCCGGGCGUGCCGACCCAAUGGCCCGCCGCCUCAGUGCCACCUGUUGCGGCCGUCCAUGUCAUCGUCCCCUGA